CCAGAUGCUAAUCACAUUUGACCAUUUCUCUUCACAUGUCUAUAUAUAUAGAACAGAGAUCUGAGCCGCAAAUAAUAGCAUUGCAUAAAUCUACGUCUCUCCUAGGUUUUCAUCGGCGCUUCAUCGCAUCAAAACCAGAUAUCAUGCCUCGCCGUAGCUCCGGUGGAAGAUCUGCUCGUCCUGCUCCUCGCCCAGCUGCGCGUAAUCCGCCACCACAACCAGUUCACCAUGCUCCUCCUCCAGCUCCAGUUCAGAGUGCUCCUGGUGGUUCCAUGCUCGGAAAUAUUGGUUCGACCAUAGCCCAGGGUAUGGCAUUUGGCACUGGAAGUGCUGUUGCGCACAGGGCUGUGGAUGCUGUUCUUGGGCCACGCACCAUUCAACAUGAAACAGUUGCCUCUGAGGCUGCUACUGCUGCUCCAGCACCACCUGCAAGCAGUAUGACUGGGGCUGAUGCUUGCAACAUGCACUCUAAGGCAUUCCAGGAUUGCUUGAAUGGCUAUGGAAACGAUAUCAGCAAGUGUCAGUUCUACAUGGACAUGCUGACAGAGUGCAGGAGGAACUCGGGCUCUGUCAUGAGUUCUUAAAUGUUUCAACUAUUUUUCUGAACCUAUGAUUCAUAAAUUGUCUGAAUAUGUGUUGUGGGAUUGUAUUUGAUGGCUUCCUUGUCUGGGGAUCUUAAACUAGACCAAUGAACACUACUCUGUUACGAGUGUUGUUCAAUAAUGUUUAUGCAAACGUUGCUGCUACUUGAAAUUGGUGUGCUUUUUUGCUUGUGGUUAUGAGUUCAGAUGUGGCAUGUUUUUUCCAGUUUUUAUAUUUUUGGUAGCUUACAAAUUGUUUUUUCAUGAUUUUUUGGUGUGCGAUGUGUGAGAUUUAUGGCCCCCAGUUAAUUGUCUGACUCAAAGAUACAAGGGCCUUUAUAAGUUCUGAAAUGGUAGUGCUCUUAAUUUAUAUUAGUGAAUAAUUCUUGGCAUGAGCUGUGAACAAGACGGGUA